UGGAUUUUCGUCCAUAAUGAACUUAAUAAUUUUCUUCAUCUACAUGCCUUUUCCUCAUUUUGUUUACUCGGAGUUGCACACAUUCAUCACUACUUACACUGGAAUCAGUGGAAAGGCGAUUGCAGCAACUCCAGAGUUUUCUGCUGUAACUACACUGGAUGGACAGCAGAUGGAUUAUUAUGACAGUGAGACAAAGAAGCUGAUUCCCAGACAGGUCUGGAUGAAGGAGAUUGCAUCUAAUGGAAUGUGGAAAAAAGACUCUGCGAUCAGAGAACAUGUGGCGCAGAUCUACAAGACCAAUAUUGCUGUUCUAAUGCAGCGAUUCAAUCAGACACGUGGUGUUCAUACGUAUCAGAGGAUGUAUGGAUGUGGUUGGGAUGAUGAGACGGACAUCAAAUAUGGGUUUGAUCAGUAUGGUUAUGAUGGAGAGGAUUUUCUCACACUAGACAUGAAGAACAGCAGCUACACUGCAUCUGUACCGCAGGCACAAACCACAGUGCAAAAAUGGAAUAACAGAGAACAACUUGCAUUAUUACUACUGUACUUCAAACAUGAGUGCAUUUACUGGAUGAAGGAGUUUUUAAACGUGUCUAAAGCUGCUUUUGAGAAAACAGAGCCUCCUGAGGUGUCUCUGUUGCAGAGGAACCAAGACUAUUAUGUGGAGUGUCACGUCACAGGGUUUCACUCCAGAAACACAACCAUUACGUGGAGGGAGAAUGGACAAGCUAUAAAUGAUUCUAGAAAAUUGGUGAAGCCAGGAAAGAUACUACCAAAUGGAGACGGGACCUUCCAGAAGAAUGUUACCCUCUAUGUCCUUCCAGAUGAAUGGAGGAUGGAUCAGUAUGCUUGUGUGGUGGAGCACAAGAGUUUUACAGAGACAAUCCAGAAGAUUCUGACUGAGGAUGAGAUCAGAAUUAUUAAAAAAUGUACAGCAGGCUCACCAUCAUCACCACCACCACCA